GUUAGCGAAACCUCUUUAUAUAUUAACUUAUUACCUAUUACCUAUUACCUAUCUAUUACUUAACAUAUCCACUCGAGUUACACGUAAACGACGAUCGCCUCUAAUUUAUAGAGUUUGCUUCUUAUUAUACCAUCGACCUAUUUAUCUAUAGGCUAUAGUCGACAACUCUUAUAAUACUCUCGAUUGCCCCUCGUUAUGAAUCGGUACAUAGGUAGCUGAGAGGUUCUUCUUAAGUUCUUAAUCGUCUAUACACCCACCCACCCGUGAGAGGCAGUGAGAAAAAGAAAGGGAAGGAAGGAAGGAAGGAAGGAAAAAAGCAAUAAUCGCAAUGUCGCGCUUCUUCGCCCGCGGGCCAGAGCCCUGGGAUCCGUCUCAUCGGUUCGUGACCUCGUGGCUGCUACCGCCGUACGCACUGUUUGCGUGCCGAGCGUUGAUGUCCCUCUACGCCUUCACCACCCUCCUCUUCAACAUAAUCUACCAGUGCGCCACGCCCUCCGCCGGCGGGUGCGCCGAGUCGCGCCGCGACUUCUCCUACUUCACCGUGCUCACCUACUGGGGCCUCGCCUUCUACCUCCUCUUCGCCGCCCUGCACACCUUCACCUACGCCCGCUCCCGCCCCCCCCACUCCCCCCUCCUCACCUCCUGGCCCCCGCCCCUACAGUCCCUCCACGCCCUCCUCUACUCCUCCGUAACCACCUACCCCUUCCUCGUCACCGUCGUCUACUGGGGCGUCCUCUACAGCUACGGCCCCGCCUGGUUCCCCACCCCCCUCCAGGCCUGGAGCAACCUCUCCCAGCACGCCCUCAACAGCGCCUUCGCCCUCUUCGAGAUCCUCCUCCCCCGCACCACCCCCCCCUCCCGCCCCCUCCUCCACGCCGCCGGCCUGCUGGCCCUGCUGGCCCUGUACCUCGGCCUGGCGUAC